GCCUUUAAGUCCCAUCUUUUCAUGGAGUCCGACUGGCCGACCCAUCUUUCAUAAAAAUGUACAUUGCUUAAAAAGUGUCUGUUAAAUAAAUGUAAAUGAUUUAGUGCUUUUGUCAAAAUAGUAAUUUUCUGAGGCUUAAAAUGGUACAGAGACACAAUGUUGUCAUUACUAAGAAGGAAGACUUAAAAACCAACUUCUGGUGAAGACGGUACUUCGUGAUUUUGAAGCGUGAUAUGGAUGCUAAUGGCAAAAAUGACCCGACUGACAUUGAAACAUACUUCGCUUGGGCUUCUUUUAAAUGAAAAGCUGGCUGUAUAUCAGGCGUGUCGCUUUGUGAUGAUAUAAUGCGCAUUUUCAUCGUCUGAGGCGCGCGUCUUUGAAAAGGCAGAAUCUGGCGUCUGCAUGCGCCAGCAGGAGUGUCAAAAACCCGAUAAUGAAUGAGUAGCAGCAGUGCAUUUUUCUUCCACAAUGGUGUGCUGUUGGUCUGUUUACGGAAAACAGCGUGCAGUUAGCAGGCAAAGUGAAAUGCAGCGGACAUGCGUUCAUGGGCAGUACGGGGCAGUACUUCAAAUCCCCCAAUGAAAUGCGAGCCUGGUGUUGACCGUGGUUAGUCCUUUAGCGCUUGAAGACCACUCAUUGUAAUUCCAUAAGUGGGACCUUUGUCUGUUCAGCUUUGUUCAGCUCCCGGGACCCUGUGCAACAUAAGCAGCUGGCGCAUGCAUCUAUAUGCACGUGUGAACAUAUUAUCCGGAUCGCAGUACAUUAAUUUAAUUUAACUAAAUUAAAUUAUUUAGAUCUCUACACGUGACUGGACCGCAGUAUCGGGAAUUCAUAGGCUUUGCCUGCAGCGGAUGGAUGGAAAAGCGGAAUCACUGCGAAUUGUCAUAUGACUCUAAGAUUCAGCUUGAGAGGGUCUGCCUGCUGUCACAUUUAAUUUGUCUUCUACUAGUACUGAAUGUACUAGUUCGUAUUAUAUACGAUGUUAGGUGACUGGGAUGGGCAAUAGAUUUGUUGAAAUGAUCGUUCUGAAUGCGGUUAAUCGAUAGACGAAACUGGACCACAUUAUCUCCGUCAGUCCUGAAGCUGCAGGAUGCAGGGCACCAUCCAUCUCCGCUGCAUGCAAGACGGACAGCCUCGGGCAAGAGCCGGGAACAUGGUCCGCAGGUGUGCGCACGAUCAGGACCAUCAUGCCUGUCGAUGACCAUAUGAUGGGCAUCGUCUCAAACCUCCUGCCCUGCUUAGUGUGCUUCUCCCUGGGGCUGGCGUGGAACCUGCUGAUGCAAAGCUCCUGCCUUCCACUGCAGUCACCGUGCAAGCUGGUUGAAAAAACUGCCUUUUGUAGCCACUGCCAGCUGUCGUCGGUGCCUGGAGAUUUGCCAGAAGACAUCGAUGAGCUACAACUGAAUCACAAUCCAAUCAAAGUGCUGCACAGCUCUGGCCUUUCUCGUUACCCCGCACUCAGCAGUUUGAGCUGUACAAAUGCUCUUCUGGAUGCCGUGGAGAUUAAUUCCCUCUAUACUCCACACAUGCUGGAGAAGUUGAAUCUAGCUGAUAAUAACCUGCAUGCUGGAUACCAGCAGACGGGCUGGGUGCUACACACCUUGGUGAAUCUAAGGAGCCUGGACCUUUCUGGAAAUGGGCUGACGGAAGACAUGGUGGCCUUCCUGCUGGAGAACAUGACCUCCCUGGAGUACUUGUACCUUUCCAGAAAUAUGCUAUUGAGGUUAGACGAAAGUACAUUUCGGGACCUUCACCGGCUGAGGGAGCUGGACCUAGACAGGAACAUGCUUUUUGAGAUCGACGGGGCAUUUGAUGGCCUUCAGGAUCUUCAGCGCCUCACCAUGGCUUUCAACCGCCUGCCCUGCUUAAUCCAGUUCCAACUAACUCAGCUGGUGCUACUGAAUGCAAGCCACAAUUCCAUCGAGUGGUUUGUGUCCAACCAGAAUCUGGAAGAUACCUUUGAAUUGGAGACUUUGGAUCUCUCCAGCAACAGCCUCCUCUUCUUUCCCUUUCUCCCCACAAAGAGUCACAUUCGCCAUCUGCUGCUCGCUGACAAUCGCAUCAGCUUUUAUGAGCACUUUGAUGAAAACACUUCUCCAAACUGGACCACCACGGUCCAAUUCUCUAACCUGGAUAGUAAUGCGAGCCAAGUGUCGGCCAAACUGUGGGACGAGAGUCUCCAUGGGGAAAUCUCUACACUGCAUCUCCUUGAUCUGAGUCGCAAUCAGGUGAGCUACCUUCCUCAAGGAUUCCUUAGCAAGCUGAAAUCUUUAAAAAGACUGAAGUUGCAGAAGAACUGCCUGGAGUCCUUUGACCUGAGGACAGAGGAACUCCCAGUGUCUCUGCAGGAGCUGGAUAUCAGUGACAACAGCUUAUAUCUUUUCAAAGGCAACCACAGCUCUUGGAAUAAGUUGAGGGACCUCAUGCAUGUCAAUCUGAGCUUUAAUGCCCUUAAGCAAAUCCCUUCAAGGCUAUUUCAAUUCCUCCCCAGCCUCAAAACAGCAGAUCUGAGUUACAACCAUAUCGGUAUCUGCUCCUCAGAGGAGGACGCUGAGAUCGCUGAUGAUUCUGACUGUGUGACGUGGAGAAGCUUGGCUUCUCUCAGAGAGCUGUACCUUGCAGGGUGCGAUCUGGGCCCACUGCCCUCCUCAGCCUUUGAGGGAACCCAGUUAACGCAUCUGGAGCUGUCAGAAAACACAGGCAUCCUUAUCAGGAAUGAUUCUUUGAUGAGUCUCAAUAGAACUCUGCAGCACUUGGGCUUGGGAAACACUGGCACCUCCCAUUUAGAUUUUACGCCCUUCCAUCGUUUAAGGUCUUUAAAUAUGUCAGUGAAUUUCCUCUUCCAACUUCCAGAAUCCAUGAUGAGCCUUGAUUUGAGGUGGUUAAAUUUGAUGGGCAACGAGCUGACCACCAUCCCUCCUCAUCAAGCCAGAAUCCUAGCCCAGAGGCUACACACAGUUUUUCUUGGAGGAAACCCCUUCAACUGUUGUAACCUGGGAUGGUACCAGCUGUUUAAGGAUGUGAAGAGUUUGAGCAUAGAGGACCAGGCUGAGAUGACAUGUCUGCUUUUAAAUGGGGGCAGGCAGAGUAUCGAGGCGCGACCCUGGGCAGUGUGCGAGGACAAGGGAGAGCCCAGCUGGUGGUAUGUUGUCCUCUUCCUGCCGGUUGUCCUGUCACUGAUGGGGGUCACUGUGGUCUUCUUAAUCACAUUCAGACCCAAACUGUUACCAAGAGUCAUCAAGAAGACAUGGCAGAGACCAACAUCAUAUUGAAGUGGCUUCCAUCAUCUACUCAAUAUGGACUUCUACUCAAUGGCAUGAACGUUGUAUUUUUAAAGAUGCUGACCUAUUUCAAGAACAACAGAACAAGAGUUGUGCAUGGCAGAGAUUCAUAUGAAUAAAACAUGGCCAAUGGGUUUUAUCAUAGCAGUAGCAUCACUGUUGUGUUACUCUGUGGCCAAUCAUCUGUAUACCUGUGUGAGGAAAAAAAACCUCUAAUAAGGUUUCCAUUGAGUAUCUCAUGCCUGACAAAGUUCAAAGCCGCUUUAAUCCCUAGAUGGUUGAUAUGAGCCUGCGGCUUGAGGCGUGUGCGCGAGUGUGAGCAUGGGUAUGUGUAUGCGCGUGUCGGGUGCAUUUGCAGAAGUCUUGUAAGACAAGCUGUUGCUAAAUGCAGGAAAGGAAAUGUGAAAUUUCCUGUUUUGCUGAGUUCUGCAAUUGCCCAGUUUUGUACCACAGAAAAGGGCUUGAUUUUGACUACUGGUUGAGCAUGAUGCAGAACUGCAUUUUGAUGACUUCUCAAUGCUCGAUUAAAGAUUCAGUGAAAUA